AUGGUCAAAAGAGUUUGGAAACUGGUGCAGAGGUUUUCAGAAAGAAUAAGACCACAGCUUGCCAAAGAGAAGAUUGAAGGAUGCCAUAUUUGUACAUCGGUCACUCCCGGGGAGCCCCAGGUCUUCCUAGGGAAAGACAAGGCUUUUACUUUUGAUUAUGUAUUUGACAUAGACUCACAACAAGAGCAGAUCUACACUCAAUGCAUUGAAAAGCUAAUUGAAGGUUGUUUUGAAGGUUACAAUGCUACAGUUUUUGCUUAUGGACAAACUGGAGCUGGCAAAACAUACACAAUGGGAACAGGAUUUGACGUUAACAUCACUGAGGAAGAACAGGGAAUUAUUUCUCGAGCUGUUAAACACCUUUUCAAGACUAUUGAAGAAAAAAAGGAUGCAGCAAUUGGAAAUGGACUUCCUCCUCCAGAUUUUAAAGUGAAUGCCCAAUUUUUGGAGCUUUAUAAUGAAGAGGUCCUUGAUUUAUUUGAUACUACUCGUGAUAUUGAUGCAAAAAAUAAAAAAUCAAAUAUAAGAAUUCAUGAAGACUCAACUGGAGGAAUUUAUACUGUGGGAGUCACGACACGUGCUGUGAAUACAGAAUCAGAGAUGAUGCAGUGCUUGAAGCUGGGCGCCUUGUCCCGGACCACCGCCAGCACCCAGAUGAACGUGCAGAGCUCCCGCUCGCAUGCCAUUUUCACCAUUCACGUGUGUCAGACCCGAGUGUGUCCCCAGGUGGAGGCCGAUAAUUCAACAGAUAAUAAGAUUAUUUCUGAAUCAUCACAAAUGAAUGAAUUUGAAACCCUGACGGCAAAGUUCCAUUUUGUUGAUCUGGCAGGAUCGGAAAGACUGAAACGAACUGGAGCUAGAGAAGGGAAUGAAGAGAUCAGUAAUAUGAUUCAUAAUUACAUCAAAGAAAUCGAAGACCUCAGGGCAAAAUUAUUAGAAAGUGAAGCAGUGAAUGAGAACCUUCGAAAAAACUUGACGAGAGCCACAUCAAGAUCGCCGUAUUUCAGUGGAUCAUCAGCUUUUUCUCCCAGUAUACUUUCUUCCGACAAAGAAACAAUUGAAAUCAUAGAUCUAGCUAAGAAAGAUUUAGAGAAGCUGAAAAGGAAAGAGAAGAAGAAGAAAAAAAGGCUAAAGAAACUUGAGGAAAGCAGUCGAGAAGAAAGAAGUCUGGCUGGUAAAGAGGACUAUGCAGACACUGACCAAGAGAAAAAAGAAGAAAAAGGUGCUCUAGAAAGAGAAAGUAAUGACUUAGAAGUGGAAGAGAGUCAGGAAAUGAGUGAUCAUGAGGAUGAGGAAGAGGAGGAGGAAGACGAAGAUGACGUGGAAGGAGGCGAGAGCUCCGAUGAGUCAGAUUCUGAUUCGGAUGAGAAAGCCAAUUACCAAGCAGACCUAGCAAAUAUUACUUGUGAAAUUGCAAUUAAGCAAAAGCUGAUCGAUGAACUAGAAAACAGCCAGAAAAGAUUACAGACACUGAAAAAGCAAUAUGAAGAGAAGCUGAUGAUGCUGCAGCAUAAAAUUCGGGACACUCAGCUUGAGAGGGACCAGGUGCUUCAGAACUUAGGCUCUGUGGAAUCUUGCUCAGAAGAAAAGGCAAAAAAAAUUAAGUCUGAGUACGAAAAGAAACUCCAAGCCAUGAACAAAGAAUUGCAGAGACUUCAGGCAGCUCAAAAAGAACACGCAAGGUUACUCAAGAAUCAGUCUCAGUACGAAAAGCAAUUGAAGAAAUUGCAGCAGGAUGUGAUGGAAAUGAAAAAAACAAAGGUUCGCCUAAUGAAGCAAAUGAAAGAAGAACAAGAGAAAGCUCGACUGACAGAAUCUAGAAGAAACAGAGAGAUUGCGCAAUUGAAAAAGGAUCAACGUAAAAGAGAUCAUCAACUUAGACUCCUAGAAGCCCAAAAAAGAAAUCAAGAAGUGGUUCUUCGUCGCAAAACUGAAGAGGUUACAGCGCUUCGUCGGCAAGUGAGGCCCAUGUCUGAUAAAGUGGCUGGGAAGGUCACUCGGAAGCCGAGCUCCUGUGAAGCCCCCAGUCAGGACAUGGGUUCCAGUGCAGCUGCUGUGGAGACAGAAGUGUCAAGGGCAGGCACACAGCAGAAAGUGAGAAUUCCUGUGGUGGCCAGGGUCCAGGCCUUACCAACACCCACAGCAAAUGGCACCAGAAAAAAGUACCAGAGGAAAGGAUUGCCUGGGCGGGUCUUCACCUCCAAGACAGCCCGCGUGAAGUGGCAGCUCCUCGAGCGCAGGGUCACUGACAUCAUCAUGCAGAAGAUGACCAUUUCCAACAUGGAGGCUGACAUGGACCGGCUCCUCAAGCAACGGGAAGAACUCACAAAAAGACGAGAAAAACUUUCAAGAAGAAGAGAGAAGAUAAUCAAGGAGAGUGGAGAAGGGGAUAAGAAUGUGGUGAACAUCAACGAGGAGAUGGAGUCACUGACUGCUAACAUAGAUUACAUCAAUGACAGUAUUUCUGAUUGUCAAGCCAAUAUCAUGCAGAUGGAAGAAGCAAAGGAAGAAGGUGAGACCUUGGAUAUCACUGCGGUCAUUAAUGCCUGCACACUUACAGAAGCCCGAUACCUGUUAGAUCACUUCCUGUCGAUGGGCAUCAAUAAGGGUCUUCAGGCUGCGCAGAAGGAGGCUCAAAUCAAAGUAUUAGAAGGUCGACUCAAACAAACUGAAAUAACCAGUGCUACGCAGAACCAGCUUCUCUUCCACAUGCUGAAGGAGAAGGCAGAAUUGAAUCCUGAGCUGGAUGCCUUAUUAGGCCAUGCUUUACAAGAUCUAGAUAGCGUACCAUUAGAAAAUGUAGAGGAUAGUUCUGAUGAGGAUGCACCUUUAAACAGCCCUGGAUCUGAAGGAAGCAGUCUGUCUUCAGACCUUAUGAAGCUUUGUGGUGAAAUGAAACCAAAAAACAAGGCCCGAAGGAGAACCACCACGCAGAUGGAGUUGCUGUACGCAGAUAGCAGUGAGCUAGCGUCCGACGCUAGUGCAGGAGAUGCCUCCUUGCCCGGCCCUCACCCAGCUGCUGCAGAAGGGCGAGAGACUGGAACGAAUGCAGACACCUGUGGCACCGCUGCUAGGGACAAAGAGCUUCCUCCCCCGCCUGGCUUACCUUCUAAGAUAGGCAGCAUUUCCAGACAGUCAUCUGUACCAGAAAAAAAAGUACCAGAGCCUUCCCCUGUGACUAGGAGGAAGGCCCACGAGAGAGCAGAGAGACCAAAGGCCAAGGAGCAGAAACACUCAGAUUCUGGAACCUCAGAGGCUAGUCUCUCGCCUCCUCCUUCCCCACCAAGCCGGCCCCGUAAUGAACUGAAUGUCUUUAAUCGUCUUACUGUUUCUCAGGGAAACACAUCAGUUCAGCAGGAUAAGUCUGAUGAAAGUGACUCUUCUCUGUCGGAGGUACACAGGGGCAUAAUCAACCCAUUUCCUGCUUCCAAAGGAAUCAGAGCAUCUCCCCUGCAGUGUGUUCAUAUUGCCGAAGGACACACAAAAGCUGUGCUGUGUGUGGAUUCCACGGAUGAUCUUCUCUUCACUGGAUCAAAAGAUCGCUCUUGUAAAGUAUGGAAUCUGGUGACUGGGCAGGAGAUCAUGUCCCUGGGGGGUCACCCCAACAAUGUCGUGUCUGUAAAAUACUGCAAUUACACAAGUUUGGUCUUCACAGUGUCAACAUCUUAUAUUAAGGUGUGGGACAUUAGAGAUUCAGCAAAGUGCAUUCGAACACUGACGUCUUCCGGUCAAGUUAACCUUGGAGAUGUCUGCUCAGCGAGUACGAACCGGAUCGUAGCGAUUCCUUCUGGAGAGAACCAGAUCAAUCAGAUUGCGCUCAACCCCACGGGCACAUUCCUCUACGCGGCUUCUGGAAACGCUGUCAGAAUGUGGGAUCUUAAAAGGUUUCAGUCUACAGGAAAGUUAACGGGACAUCUAGGCCCUGUUAUGUGCCUUACUGUAGAUCAGAUUUCCAGUGGACAAGAUCUGAUUAUCACCGGCUCCAAGGAUCAUUACAUCAAAAUGUUCGAUGUAACUGAAGGGGCUCUCGGAACUGUGAGUCCCACGCACAACUUUGAGCCCCCUCAUUAUGAUGGCAUAGAAGCACUAACUAUCCAAGGGGACAGCCUGUUCAGUGGGUCCAGAGAUAAUGGAAUCAAGAAAUGGGACAUAGCUCAAAAAGACCUUCUUCAGCAAGUUCCAAAUGCACAUAAGGACUGGGUCUGUGCCCUGGGAAUGGUGCCAGGCCACCCAGUGCUGCUCAGUGGCUGCAGAGGGGGCCUUCUGAAACUCUGGAACAUGGAUACGUGUGUGCCCGUUGGAGAGAUGAAGGGUCACGACAGUCCCAUCAAUGCUGUGUGUGUUAAUUCCACCCACAUUUUUACUGCAGCUGAUGAUCGAACUGUGAGGAUUUGGAAGGCUCAGAACUUACAAGAUGGUCAGGUCUCUGACGCAGGGGACCUUGGGGAAGAUACUGCCAGUACUUAAACAGGAAUGAAGAGAAACCGUAAACGAAAUACUGUGAUUAAUAUUCUGUAUGUUCUUUGUGGAAAAUGUUGUCCUGUAUUUAUUAGGCAAAAACUUAUGAGUGGGAUUAACUGGAAACUGUAUCUCAAUCCAGCUGCUAAAGAUAAAUUAUGUUCUACUGAAACUCUGUAUUAUCCUGUGUGCUUAACUUUAAUAUCUGCCAAUACAUAUCUAUCCUAUAAUUGAAAUAUGGCUUGAUUCACACUUUCACUGUGGCUGGAUUUUUGUGCCUAUCUAUAAAAAAAAACACCCUCAAAUUAUUGUAAUUAUAACGUGUCUGCUUCUGUGACAGAAAAUGCCUGGAGUAUAACAUGGCUCGCCGUGAACUCCUUUUGCACAUCUAAGUGUAUUGGAAAUAUUAGUCAAAUUGUGGUCCUCUGUCAAGUAUUCGUAUCACUCUAUAAGAUGUUUCUAAAUUUUAGCGCUCUUUUAAUGUAAUGGAAAAUGAGAGUAUUAUUGGUUUCUCAUAAACGACAUUGACUGGAAUCCACUAACAGAAUGUUUAACAGUUUGUGUUAAAAAUUGGCACUUAAUCACAUUGACCAAAGUUUGCAGUUAUGCUACAUUCUGUGCUCAGGACUAACAUGCUACUGGGCUUUUGUUUUACUAGUGCUGUGCAUACCUUCUGUGAUGGCCAACAUUUUUGAUGUCCUAACAAAAAGAUAUCUUGAUCUAUUUUCCUAUGGAGUUUCUAUCACCACCUUUUAGUUUUUUUUUUUUUUUUUAAUUUAAUAGUUGUAUUUCCUUUCCCUUUUGUCUAAUUUUUUAUAUGCUGCUAAAUAUAUUUUAAAUACACUGUGUUUGCAAACUUUGGUAGCUACAACAAGAAUUAUCCUCUGUGGUGGGGAAUGCUAUAUAAAUAGAUAGACUGUAAAGAGAGACUAUCUUGCAUUGUGCCUGUAUGAAUUUUUCAAUGCUGUAGAUUUGAUUUUGCAAAAGGAUGUAUAAUUUAUCUGUCUGCUCAGAAUAUUAAUUUGUAAAUUCUGCAAGUUUAAUUUUUAUGUAGAUAGUAUAAUAUUGGAAAAUAUUGUCUUUUGUGAUUUUUCCCUAAAAGUAUUUGCUUAUAAAUCAAAGUGUAGCUUGUACUUAA